CCGGUUUUGACAGGUGCAGCGGAGAAGCGAGCGGACGGACAGCACAGCCUGGGAGGACUUGGGGGGAGAAACCUUGACCUCCAAGAGGAGCCGAGAGAGAAGAAGGCAAGCGAAGAAGGGAAAGCAGGGCUGAGACAGAGAGAGCAAAGCGGGGAGCAGGGCAGGCGCAGAAGGCAAGAUGACGACGCAGAUAGAGACCCACGUCCAGUACAACCAUUCCUACAUGACGACCGAAGACUACAUGGCCCAAGAGGAGGACUGGGACCGUGACCUGCUGCUCGACCCCGCCUGGGAGAAGCAACAGAGAAAGACGUUCACAGCCUGGUGCAACUCUCACUUGCGGAAGGCAGGGACCGGGAUUGAGAACAUUGAGGAAGAUUUCAGGAAUGGCCUUAAACUGAUGCUCCUGCUGGAGGUGAUUUCAGGUGAACGGCUGCCAAAACCGGACAAAGGCAAGAUGCGCUUCCAUAAGAUCGCCAAUGUCAACAAAGCCCUGGACUUCAUUGCCAGCAAAGGGGUCAAACUUGUGUCCAUUGGGGCUGAAGAAAUUGUGGAUGGGAACCUGAAGAUGACUCUGGGCAUGAUCUGGACCAUCAUCCUUCGUUUUGCGAUCCAGGACAUUUCAGUGGAAGAAACCUCGGCCAAGGAGGGCCUGCUGCUCUGGUGCCAGAGGAAAACGGCUCCCUACCGGAAUGUAAACGUCCAGAACUUCCACAUUAGCUGGAAGGAUGGCCUGGCUCUUUGCGCUCUGAUCCACCGACACCGGCCUGACCUCAUUGACUACGCCAAACUCAGGAAGGAUGACCCCAUUGGAAACCUCAACACAGCCUUCGAGGUGGCAGAGAAAUACCUGGAUAUUCCUAAGAUGCUGGAUGCAGAAGAUAUUGUCAACACCCCCAAACCUGAUGAGAAAGCCAUCAUGACAUACGUGUCCUGUUUCUAUCAUGCCUUUGCUGGUGCUGAGCAGGCUGAGACAGCUGCCAACAGGAUCUGCAAGGUGCUUGCCGUCAAUCAAGAAAAUGAGAAGCUGAUGCAGGAGUACGAGAAGCUGGCCAGCGAGCUCCUUGAAUGGAUCCGCCGCACCAUCCCCUGGCUGGAGAACCGCGUGCCCGAGAAGACCAUGAGCGCCAUGCAGCGCAAGCUGGAGGACUUCCGGGACUACCGCCGCGUCCACAAGCCCCCUCGGGUCCAGGAGAAAUGCCAGCUCGAGAUCAACUUCAACACCCUGCAGACCAAGCUGCGGCUCAGCAACCGGCCCGCCUUCAUGCCUUCUGAGGGAAAGAUGGUCUCCGAUAUUGCCAAUGCCUGGAAGGGUCUGGAACAAGUGGAGAAAGGCUAUGAAGAAUGGCUGCUGACCGAGAUCCGGCGCCUGGAGCGCUUGGACCACCUGGCAGAGAAGUUCAAGCAGAAAGCCACUCUGCACGAGAACUGGACCCGAGGAAAGGAGGAAAUGUUGACACAGAAGGACUACGAGUCGGCAUCCCUUUACGAAAUCCGGGCACUGAUGCGCAAGCACGAGGCCUUUGAGAGCGACCUGGCGGCCCAUCAGGAUCGGGUGGAGCAGAUUGCGGCCAUCGCGCAGGAACUCAAUGAGCUAGACUAUCACGACGCAGCGUCUGUGAACUCCCGCUGCCAGGCCAUCUGCGACCAGUGGGAUACCCUGGGGACCCUCACCCAGAAGAGAAGAGACUCCCUGGAGCGGGUAGAGAAGCUGUUGGAGACCAUUGACCAGCUGUAUCUGGAGUUUGCCAAGAGGGCCGCCCCCUUCAACAACUGGAUGGACGGAGCCAUUGAAGACCUGCAGGACAUGUUCAUUGUGCACAGCAUUGAGGAAAUCCAGAGCCUGAUCACAGCCCAUGAGCAGUUCAAAGCUACGCUGCCUGAGGCCGACAAGGAGCGCAUGGCCAUCCUCGGCAUCCAGAAUGAGAUCCAGAAGAUUGCGCAGACUUACGGCAUCAAGCUGUCAGGCAUCAACCCCUACACCAGCCUCUCCCACCUCGACAUCGCCAACAAGUGGGAUACGGUGAAGCAACUGGUGCCACACCGUGAUCAGACCCUGCAGGAAGAGCUGGCCAGACAGCAAGCCAACGAGCGCCUGAGACGCCAAUUCGCUGCCCAGGCCAACAUCAUCGGGCCCUGGGUCCAGACUAAGAUGGAGGAGAUCGGCCACAUCUCCGUGGACAUCAGCGGGUCCCUCGAGGACCAGAUGAACCACCUGAAACAACACGAGCAGAACAUUAUCAACUACAAGUCCAACAUCGACAAGCUGGAAGGUGACCACCAGCUCAUCCAGGAGGCCCUCGUCUUCGACAACAAGCACACCAACUACACCAUGGAGCACAUCCGCGUGGGCUGGGAGCAGCUGCUGACCACCAUUGCCCGCACCAUCAAUGAAAUAGAGAACCAGAUCCUGACCCGUGACGCCAAAGGUAUCAGCCAAGAACAGAUGAACGAGUUCCGGGCCUCCUUCAACCAUUUCGACCGGAAACGAAAUGGCAUGAUGGACCCUGACGACUUCCGCGCCUGCUUGAUCUCAAUGGGAUACGAUCUGGGCGAGGUGGAGUUUGCCCGCAUCAUGACGCUGGUGGACCCGAACAACACAGGGGUGGUGACUUUCCAGGCCUUCAUCGACUUCAUGACCCGUGAGACAGCCGAGACGGACACAGCCGAGCAGGUCAUGGCCUCCUUUAAGAUCCUGGCUUCAGAUAAGAGCUACAUCACGAUAGAGGAACUGCGUCGGGAACUGCCUCCGGAGCAAGCGGAAUACUGCAUCAGCCGGAUGACGAAAUACACCGGAGCUGACGCUGUGUCGGGCGCUUUGGACUAUGUCUCCUUCUCCAGUGCCCUGUAUGGAGAGAGUGACCUGUGAUUCCCUCUCCCCGCACCCGCCCCCCUUCUAUUCCAAGCCCACCCUCCCCUUCACCAGAAAUGGCCUGUGGGAGCAGCAGGAGGACCCCACACCUUGUGGGGCAACCAGCACCACCGGAGCCUUGAAUCCACACACGAGGGGAGCCCUGUGGGAUCUCUCCACCCACAAGCCAGGGCUGGUGGAUCGAGGGUGGUCUUGGCUAGGCAAGUCUCCGACCCCAUUCUUCUUGGUAGAAGCUGCUGUGUCCGCUCUUUGCUGCUGCGCUAGUUGUGCGGGUCCUCCUCCGAGUUGACGUCCAACACCUUCCCUUCUCUCUGCGGCUGUUUUCAUCCAGCCUCAAGCCGUUCCUCAUGGGAGCAACUCAUGCCGUCCCGCUCUUAACAGUUGCUUACAUGGGGAGAAGGGUCCCCCCACUUCCCCACUCAACCAUGAGAGCCCUACAAUGUUUAAGCUGCCCAAAAUUGAUCCUGGGGGUGGAGUGGAGGGAGGAGAGGGAGAAGGGGACUGGUGGACCCAGGGGAGGACUGCUUGGAAGGAUUGCUGAACUAAUAAAGAAACACACACUGGAGGCCCA